AUGGGGCAACAGUUUAAAGAUAUUGUUUUAGCUUGUGUUUUCGUCUUGUUAAUGGUUAAGGCCUAUUCAUUGCCUCUUUCAACCAAUGGAAGAUGGAUCAUCGAUAACGCAACUGGUCACCGCCAAAAGCUGGUAUGUGUGAACUGGCCAUCCCAUAUGCAAGGCAUGCUGGCAGAGGGUCUCCACCGUCGGCGGCUUGACGAUAUUGCUGCUACGGUGGCUAAGUUGCGGUUCAACUGCGUGCGUUUGACGUAUUCAAUCCACAUGUUCACGCGCUAUGCCAACUUAACUGUAAAACAGUCAUUCGAGAAUUUGGAUAUGAAAGAUGCUAUGGCGGGCAUCAGCCAAAACAAUCCUUCUGUGUUGAACAUGACACUAGUUGAGGCGUAUGAAGCAGUGGUUGAUUCGCUUGGAGCACAUGGAGUCUUGGUGGUUUCUGAUAACCAUAUAAGCCAGUCAAGAUGGUGUUGUAAUGAUAACGAUGGCAAUGGAUUCUUUGGAGAUCGUUAUUUUGAUCCCCAAGAAUGGCUACAAGGACUUGGUUUGGCAUCUCAACGCCUAAAGAAUAAAUCCCAGGUAGUAGCAAUGAGUCUGAGAAACGAACUGCGAGGACCAAACCAAAACGUGGAUAUGUGGAUUCAUUGCAUGAGCCAAGGAGCUAAAUUUAUUCACCAAAAUAAUCCAAACGCAUUGGUAGUAGUUUCUGGGCUGAGCUACGACACCGAUCUCAGCUUCUUGAAGAACAGAUCGAUGGGCUUCAACUUGGACAACAAACUUGUGUUUGAGGCACAUUUGUACUCUUUCACAAACAUCAUGAGUGAUUCAUGGACAUCGAAGCCAUUAAACACAUUUUGUGCCAAUGUUAACCAAGGAUUUGAAGAUCGAGUUGGGUUUUUAGUGAGAGGAGAAUACCCAAUGCCUUUGUUUGUGAGUGAAUUUGGGAUCGACCAAACUGGCGCAAAUGAGGGCCAAAAUCAAUUCUUGACCUGUUUUUCUUCCUACCUUGUCGAGAAUGAUUUUGAUUGGGGCUUGUGGGCUUUGCAAGAUCCAAGUUCAAAUAUCUCAACAUCGCUCCUAAUGUACUAUCCUCGUAGCGGUGACUGUGUGAGAAUGAACAAAAGGUAUCAAUUAAGGAGCAGUAGUUGUAAAACUUCUAAUCGUUGGGUCCACAAUGAAGAUGGAGCUCCAAUCAAAUUGGCAGGCUCUAAACUGUGUCUGAAAGCAAUAGGAGAUGGGCUCCAUCCAAUCCUAUCUCGAGACUGCUUGAGCCAACAAAGUUCUUGGAAAUAUGCUUCAAAUUCCAAGCUUCAACUUGCCUCCAUUGAUGAACAAGGACAACCUUUGUGCUUGCAAAGGGCCUCUCAUUCCCUAAAAAUUGUGACUAAGAAGUGCACGUGUUUGAAUGAUUCUAAGUGCGAAGGCAAUCCAGAAAACCAAUGGUUUAAGCUUAUUCCAUCAAAUGUACUCGUUUUCUGUUAG